AUGCCAGUGCUCACUCUCUCACCGGCACCUGUCGUUCUCGGGAAACGGAGGGCUGAAGAACUUCAUUCACCGACUUCUUCUCCUCGCUUUGAGCCUGCUUCGUCCCUUUUGUUACAGCCCGGCGGCGGUCACAACAACACCGAAGGGGAUAGGGAAACUGACGACACAGAAAAUGAACGGUCAGAUUCCGACACGGAUGCGGAAGAGGAUGCCUGCGAGUCUUCAGCGGAAAAAACGGGAAGCCUGCUGAAACCCCAGCCCAACAAACCCUACCAAUGCUCAUAUCCCAAUUGUACAAAAAGUUAUUCGCGAGCAUUCAAAUUGUCCGAGCACGAGCGUAGUCACACUGGAGUGCGGCCGUAUGUGUGCAAAACAUGCUCCAAGGCAUACCUGCGCGACUCUCAUCUCCAACAACAUUCUCGCACGCAUCUUUCCUACGAAGAACGUCCGUUUUUAUGCAACUUUGCUGCUGAUACUUGUGAUAAAAGGUUCUGGACGGAGCAAAAACUUAAAACUCAUAUUCAAUGCGUCCACGAGCGAGCUAAAUUGUUCGAGUGCUCAGCUGAAGGAUGCAAUGAAGCAUUUUCCAAGAAUCAACAGCUUCGUACUCAUUUCGUCGCAGCCCACUGUACCCCUGGUUCGAAACGGUUUCCAUGUGGACACGAAGGGUGCUUGAAAUCGUUUCCUACAUCUCAGAAAUUGCGGAACCACGCCAAAAGUCAUGAAUUAAAUAGAUAUGCAUGCGUGCAUCCUUCGUGCACUCAAUCAGGGCUCCAGGAUGGUUCUACUUCCGCGUCUAGCCCCACCCUUCGGUACUUUGGCACUUGGACAGAGUUACAGCAACAUAUUCGUGUCGUGCAUCCUCCAACUUGUCCUCAUGCCGAAUGCGAUGGACGGACUUUCACCACCAAGACGGGUCUGAAGGCUCAUUUGAGACUUCAUGAGCAACGGGAAAGAGAAGCCGAGUUAUUGCAUGCUCUGGAAGAUGAGUGUAAUGGGGAUGAUGGGCACGACGAAUCCAGCGAGAGAGCGGUCAAGCGUCGAAGAGGUGGUGAGAUCGGGAGAGAUUGGCAUUGUCCGGAGGAUAGCUGUGAUAAGGCAUUCAAGUCGAAAUUUGCACUCAACAAACACGUCAACAUCUCUCAUCUUGGACUCAAACCAUUUACUUGCCCGGAAGCGGACUGCCAAAAGACGUUUGGUUAUAAACACGUCUUGCGUCAACAUAUCGAGAAAGUGCAUCGGGGGAAGGAUCAAGAAAACCAUGAUGAGGAAGAUGAUUCCACUACGAGCGUAGCCAAUCAGAGAGAAGAAAAUCAUCAGGGAAGAUCACUAGCCAUCGAUUUUCUCACUGGACUUCACUACACGACGAACCCGGAAUCCCAAAACAACCACUCAAGCACCGGAAGAGACAUUCAUUGUCCUUGGCCGGACGCAUUUCAGAUGCAUUUGGUCGGACCAUCGUAUUCUACACCUGCCGCGGACGACGAGGGGGGAACCAAACGGUACCGAUGCGCUUACAUGUUCUCAAGAGCCUAUGACCUUGCACGUCAUCUUCACGCCGAGCAUGGAGUGCGUGAACUUGAUAUGGAUGGUCUCGUCGCUUGGGUGGCUGAAGCGAAGAAAAAUAAUCAUAAUCGUGCUGCAUAA